AGUAAAAUCGAACUUCCCACGAUCUUUCAUUUUAUAAAAACCCCAUUAUUUUAGCAAAUCAAAUCACAAUUCCAAAUCCAAUCCCAUGGCAAAAUUCUCCGAUUCAGACAUCACUCUCCGGCCACUAGAAAUCUCCGACGCCGACGCGGCCGUGGAAUGGUACAUGGACGAAAAGGUGAGCAAAUUCUGCUCGUGGGAGGUGUUCCCGUCGCGAGAAUCAGCGGUGGAUUACUUCGUGAAGCAUGAUCUGCCGCACCCGUGGAACAAGGCCAUAUGCGCGGCGGGGCGGGUGGUGGGGUCCAUAGCCGUGAGGUCCUUCCGGGGGUGCGACCGGUGCCGGGGGGAGCUGGGGUACGCAUUGGCGUCGGAGCACUGGGGCAGGGGGAUCGCCACGAGGGCGGUGACCCUCGCAGCCAACUACGCCUUCCUCGAGAUGCCCUAUCUGGAGCGGCUCGAGGCGGUGGUGGACGUGGACAACCCGGCCUCGCAGCGAGUGGUGGAGAAGGCCGGGUUCGUGAGGGAGGGGAUUUUGAGGAAGUAUUAUUUGUUGAAGGGGAAGCCGAGGGAUGCCGUCAUUUUUAGCCUCUUGUCCACCGAUCCUCAUGUUAAUUAUUUCGUCGAUGAUUGACGACCCUAUCAUCUGAUAGGGUCCUCGAUUUAACAAAUCUCGCCAAAAAUCAUCUCUAAUAUCAUAUCUUCCAAUAUCAUAUCUUUUUAUUUUAGUUAAUCACCUCAACUAGGUUUUAUCUCGUUUUUCUUCCAACUUCAAACAUUCGUGCACUCUAUCAAAUUCAUCAAUCUUUCUUGGCUUUAAUUGAAUAGUUAUAUGAAGUUAUGAACCAUAUCA